AUGGCUAGGGAGCCUGGAACAACACUGAACCUGUUGAAAUUUCCAAUUAUUAAUCCUACGUGUGAUAGGAUAUUCCGAAGGCAGGAGAGACUGAAAGAGGAAGCAACAAAAACAGAAGAUCAGCUAAGCAGUGAAGAAAAAAAGUACCUUAAUCACCUUAAAAAGCAAGGUUAUUUAGUGGGAAGAGUUGGCAGAACAUUUCAACAGAAGAAGCCUAGCCCUGUGGUUGACUUUGACCCUGACAUGCUCUCCUACAGCAUCGAUGAAGAUCCCAAACAUUCUCCUGAGCAGCGUGAGGAAAGGAAGGAGUUCACACACAACGAAGUGAAGGAUGCUCGCUGGUGUUUUGACACUCCAGGCAUUAUAAGGGAAAACUGUGUUUUAAAUCUCCUGACAGAGAAAGAAGUGAAGCUGGUUUUGCCAACAGUUGCCAUUGUUCCACGAACCUUCAUUCUCAAGCCAGGAAUGGUCUUGUUUUUAGCAGCCUUGGGACGUAUAGACUACUUACAGGGAGAAAAACCUGCCUGGUUUUCUGUCGUGGCUUCUAACCUGUUGCCAGUCCGCAUUGCCACACUGAGUAAGGCAGAUGCCAUCUAUGAGAAGCACGCUGGUCAGGAGUUACUAAAGGUUCCCAUGGGUGGGGAAGAGCGAAUGAAAGAGUUCCCCCCGCUUGUCCCUCAGGACAUUACACUGAAAGGAAUUGGUCCCAGUGAGGCAGUUGCAGAUAUUAAGCUUUCUUCUGCAGGCUGGGUGGCAGUGACAGCUCAUGCAGAAGAGGAAUUGCUGCUCCGAGCCUAUACUCCCCAGGGCACCGCGCUGGUGGUGCGAGAGCCUCCCCUGCUGCCCUACAUCAGCGCCAUCAGAGGCUCCCGGAUCGCGGGCACUGCUGCCUAUAGGACCAAAAAGCCUCCCUCACUGGUGGAAAAUCUGAAAGCCACAGGGAAGAGAUAGCACUUCUCAUCAUCCAAGCAAGGCAGAAGACACA